AUGUUACAGCUCUACUCCAGUCACAUGGAGAUCCUGGCUGUGGUUGGAGUGUGUUUCAUCAUGUGGAAUGUUUUCAGUUUUCUUCAUUUCUGGUAUUCAAUGAUACAGCAGUAUGCAGUUCCUUGUUUUCUAAGCAGGACCAAGCAUAUCAGACAGUAUGGAGAAUGGGCUAUAGUUACUGGAGCCACAAAUGGCAUUGGUAAAGCUUACGCAGAGGAACUGGCAAGUCAUGGGAUGAACAUCAUCUUGGUCAGUCGCAACCCUGAGAAGCUUCAGAAAGUAUCUGAAGCCAUUGCUGCAACCUACAAAGUACAAUCCCGUUUCAUAGUGGCUGAUUUCAGCUUGGGACUUGAAGUCUAUCCUCAUAUUAAGGAGGCUCUGAGAAAUGUGGAAGUGGGUAUUUUAGUUAACAAUGUUGGAACAUUCUAUGAUUAUCCACAGAUCCUCACAGAUGCUCCAGAGGACAAAUCAUGGGAAAUUAUUAAUGUCAAUAUUGGAGCAGCUGUCAUGAUGACUCAUAUAGUUCUCCCAGGGAUGGUACAGAGGAAGAGAGGAGCCAUUCUCAAUGUGUCCUCUGCGACUUGUUGCAAACCCACACCUCUAAUGAACAUUUAUGCAUCUUCCAAGUCUUUUAUAGAUCAGUUUUCUCGCACUCUACAUUAUGAAUAUGCUUCCAAGGGAAUCUUCGUUCAAAGUCUAAUCACAUAUUUAGUAAAGACCAAUAUUUUAUCAUUUAGUACAUUCUUGAAGACUAAGCCAUUACUUGUUCUUGAGGCUAACGAUUAUGCUCGACAAGCAGUAAGAACCAUUGGAAUAUCAAGGAGAACCGGAGGACACUUGUCUCAUUCUAUCCAGGUGAGUAUUAUAGAAACUACAAAUAUGGAUAGAGUGCAGCAUACUGUAUAA